GAAAAAUUUAACUAUAAUUUAAAUUUGACUUUGAACGUUGAACUAGAGCAAUGCGGGAAAUAAUAUGGAGUAAAUUUUUAACAAUUAAUAGUUUAAUUAUAUUAAUAGCUUUCAGUGUGAUAACGAAAGGACAGUUGCCCGCUAAGAAAACCUGGUCGUAUGAACUAAAAUCUAUAACAUCAGAAACUUCAGAUACCGAAAAGCUUAAAGUUCAUUUAGAAAUUCAAAGAAUUUCACGUGGUGUCUUUGCUAUAUCCGGUACUGUUCUCUUUAACUAUGACGUUGCUGAAGGUGAUUCUAAUAUGAUUUCAGCUAAAUCGUAUCGCAGUGCCCAGGGUGAUAAUGACUAUAAAGUUUUACCCUUUCAAAUGCCUGCCACACACUUUUUUAAAGUUCUUAAUACGCAUUAUAAAGAUGUUAUAAUGGACACUUUAAAGGAUUGUUCAGAUUUCCCCGUUUUCGAGGAUAAAUUCGUGCCACCUUUGGAAAAGAAAUUAUAUACAUUAGAUUCAUGUCAAUUCUCUCAGGAUGGUUUGCCCAAUCAUUUACAAGAUGGUUUCUAUAAACUAUUGAUUAUUGGCUCCGGUGAUGCUGACUGGAAAGUUGAGAUAAUUGCUGAAGUAACACAGGAAUUGUGAGGAAUAUGAUUUACUGCAGCUACUAAAAACAAUUUUAUUUUCAUUAAAUCCCUUACUUAAGUCCUUGUUUUCUUUCCAAGCAAAAAUAUUCCUAUUUAAUACCUUCCAAAUCUAAUUUGUCAGUCAUCGUUAAACAAAGUUUGUCAAAUUUAUUUUUAAAACAUCACCGUGUUAAAUUAAUUUAAUUAAAUCCACUAAACUUUUUCUCAUAUA